UAUAGAAAUAAAUAAUAAAAAUGAUAUAUCGAUAGUAACAAUCAUGUUUUUAAUGUUGAAAUUGAUAAUAGAAUACUUCCUUUGGAUAAUCUUAAAGAUAAUAAAAAUCAGAAUUAGAAACUGUACUCAAAUUUCUAAAGAACUAAAAUUGACAGAAAAAAUAAGUAUCAGUUUAGAAGGAGUAGAAUCACCCUUAUAUUGGUCUAGAAAUUAAAAUGGAAUGCUCAAUGUUUGUUACAUCUUUAUGAUUUCUUUAGAUUAUUUCGUCUUAAUCAUGAAUAGUUAUUUGCAUGUCUAAAAAAAAGACUGAAUCUAUUCUUGAAUAUCUUAACAUAAUCAAUUAAUAUUGUUUUUUUAGAUUGGCC